UAGUAUCAUCUAUAUACCUCGGAGUUUAGACAUCAACAUCAUGGGUACGUUAAGCCGCGCGUAAGAACUGUAAAAAAAGAGUGCAUCAAGAGUAACGAGUCAGUGUUGGUCAGGUGUGUGCAUUACAUAUAACGUGACGGGACGACGCUAACAAUAACGACGACGUCGAAGACAGGAAGGCUUGCUGUUGCGUUACGCGUUUCGCUCAGCGGUUACGUAUACGCUACGUGAUGCCGGCGGCACGGCUGACGCUACGCGAGGAGGACGUGGUCCGGUUGACCCUCGAGUUCCUCAACAGCCGCGACCUCCACAUCUCGCAGUUGUCCCUGGAACGCGAGACAGGCGUCAUCAAUGGCCAAUACAGCGACGACGUGCUCUUCCUCCGACAACUCAUACUCGACGGCCAAUGGGACGACGUGCUCGAGUUCAUACAACCCCUCGAGGCCCUCCCCGAUUUCGACAUGCGCAAAUUCACUUACUCCAUACUCAGGCACAAGUACGUAGAGCUGUUGUGCAUAAAGUCCGAGGCCAACAUAAUGGGCACGGGUACGAACGGGAGCGUCGACAACGCGGUCGAGGAGGUGGUCAAGGUGUUGAGCGACCUCGAAAAAUUCGCCCCCUCGAAGGACGAGUACAGCAGCUUGUGCCUCCUGCUGACCCUGCCGAGGCUGACGGACCACCUGCAGUACAAGGACUGGAAUCCGAGCAACGCCCGAGUACAGUGCUUCCGCGAGGUGCACCCCCUGGUAGAGAAGUUCCUGCCCGGCGACAGGAAAACCGAUGCAGCCGGCCACCCGGUGAUGGUGGCGAAAAACGAUCGGCUCAUACAGCUCGUCAUCAAGGGCAUACUGUACGAGUCGUGCGUGAAUUACUGCCAGACCAAAGCCACCGGGUCCAAGGAGAGCGAACAGGUCGAGAUGAGCUUUUCCCGGCUGCUGGACGGCUCGGUGGGUUUCAGCGACUCGGACCUGAGCCUCCUCUCGUGGCUGCAGUCGAUACCCCCGGAGACGUUCGCGGUGCCGUUCGCCCAGCGCACCUUGAACGUCGACGUCGAGCGGCUGGAGCGCCCGUCCCUCGAGACCUCGUGGACCGAGCACAUGCUCAUCACGCCCAUCAAGCCAAAGACCUUUCCCCACAGCGCGAUGCCCUUCACGAGGCCCCGCUCGGCGGCUGACAUGAUGUCGCGCAGCCUCGUCCCGGCUCUCGAGGCCGGUGGCUUCGGGCCCCACAGUCCGGGUCCCAGGAACAUGAGCAUACCCUCGGCCGCUCUCAUGGCCCUGUCGACCGGUGACAUAAGCAACCCCAUCAUGUCGAGGAGCUCCUUUGCCAGCUUCCACCUGACCGGGUUUAAGAACAACAAGCUCAUGAACACGAGCGUCGACAGGUUGUUCGAGAACGAGGGCGACGUGUUUCUGAGCUCGAGCUACGCAGAGUUCCAGCAGCUGCCCUCGAUACAGGAGGCCAACUCGGCUGGCCAGCAGUCCCAAGCCCCGGCGAGAACGAGGGGACAGUCCAGGAGCCCGGAAGUGAUAAAGACGGAUCCGUCGGCUGCCUCGACUCCAGAGCGCCGGCAGCCGGGUCGAGAGUCGCCGGCCCUGUCGACGGCCCGGAGCUCCAGGCGGGACUCCCUGGCGGAGAAGCCGACGGGCAUAGUGACCGGCAAAGUGGUCGAGACGAGUCUCGUGCGGCCCAUUGCCGUGGCGUCGCCCGUCGGCGUGGUCGAGCAGUUGUCGCCGAUAGUGGCGCAGCAGCUGCCACCACCGGUACACCUCGAGCAGAGCUACAACGGGGAUCUGUUCAAGGAGUACCAGAAGCAAAAGCAGAGACUCCAGGAGACGAUAGCCCAGAAGGAGAGGCAGAGGGAUGAGCUCGUCAGGCAACUGUCCACCGCCCAGAUCAAUCCACAAGCCAUCAACAAUAGGCUACAGAACGAGAGCAUGAAACAGCCACUGAGCAAAGGUCAAUCUCCGCUGCACACACCUGCCUCGAGGUCCGGUAUGCAGUCGCCAAAGCCAACGACCAAUGGCUCCGAUCUCCUCACGAGGCAAAACUCCACGUCGUCGAACUACGAUUCGAGGAUACACGAAGGGCAUUACGGCAUCGACAAGCCUCUAAAGCAGGACCCGAGGCCGGACUUUGACGCCAAUGGCAGUGGCAGCGGGCGCCCGAGAUUCGUGCCGGUCACGUCUCUCGAGGACGUGCAAGCCGUGCGCUGCGCCGAGUUUCACCCGAGCGGCAAACUCUACGCCGUCGGCUCCAACUCAAAGACCCUCCGGAUAUGCCCCUACCCGAAACUCGACGACAUUCGCUACGCGGCUUACACUAGAAGGGAAGACCACAAGACCUACCAGCCGAUCGUCCUGUUCAAGAGGACGAGGCACCACAAGGGCUCGAUAUACUGCCUGGCUUGGAACCCGGACGGCCAGCUCAUGGCUACCGGCAGCAACGACAAAACCGUCAAGCUCAUGCGGUUCAACGCCGACACGUCCAACAUUGAAGGCCAAGAGGUCGAGCUGACGAUGCACGACGGCACGGUGCGGGACCUGUGCUUCCUCGAGGACUCGUCCAACAAGUCGAGCCUCCUGAUAAGCGGGGGCGCCGGUGACUGCAAGAUCUACGUGACCGACUGCGCCACGGGCACGCCCUUCCAGGCCCUGAGCGGCCACAGCGGCCACGUCCUCACCCUAUACAAUUGGGGCGGCGCGAUGUUCGUCAGCGGCUCCCAGGACAAGACCGUGCGCUUCUGGGACCUGAGGACCCGCGGCUGCGUCAACAUGAUCACGCCCGCCACUGUGCCCGGCAGCAGGGUGGGUAGCCCGGUGGCUUCGCUGUGCGUCGAUCCGUCGGGCCGGCUGUUGGUCUCCGGCCACGAGGACAGCAGUUGCGUGCUGUUCGACAUACGGGGUGGUAGGACCGUGCAGUGCUUCAAGCCCCACGCCUCGGACAUAAGGAGCAUCAGGUUCUCCCCCUCGGCGUAUUACCUGCUCACCGGCGGCUACGACAACAAACUCGUGCUCACGGACCUCCAAGGUGAUCUGACGAUGCCCCUGCCGAGCGUGGUCGUGGCGCAGCACGAGGACAAGGUGAUAUCGGGCCGCUGGCAUCCGACCGAGUUCUCGUUUCUCAGCACCUCUGCCGAUAAGGCUGCGACGCUUUGGGCCCUGCCGCCGGUCUAACUCCCUCCUUGC